CAAAAUCUUGUCAACAGGAAACUUGUGUAAUAUUAUGACACACAAAACUAUAUGUAAACAAUUUGUAACAUCUGGACAUUUCAUAGAAGAUUUUAGAACAACAUGCUGCUGCUGUACGUGCUAACUGUAUUGUCAAUGGUUUCAUGGUCACUAGGAUGUUCCUGUGGGGAAACAUCGCUUCAUCAGUACGUUUGUGGUUCUGAAUUUAUCAUAAAAGGUAUAGUCCAAACAGUUCCUGGAUCCGAGACAAACGCAGAUGUGUACUAUGUAGUGAACGUUCUGGAUAUUUUAAAGCAACCCUCACCACACGCUUUACCGAUGGGUGAAGUAAAAAUCUGGACACCAGGAAAUGAUGGGAUAUGUAAAGCUCCACUCACACUCAGUGAAGAAUAUUACAUAGGAGGAAGUAUAGACAAAAGAACUGGCAAACUUCAGACUUAUUUGUGUAAUUUCCGGAGAAAGGUAUCGACAUUAAAAGAUUGUCAGAAAAGAAUGAUAGCUGAAAAUAUGUUUGAUUGCAGUUGUAAGACACCUGAAUGUUUUCAAGACUGUUGAAGAGGAAGACAUGUUUUUGACAGACUCUAAUUAAUCUCUAGAAAGCAAUCCACGCAAGUGCGGACAUUUAGUUCACUUUUAAUAAGUUUUUAAAGACGCCGAGAACUGGGGUAUCACUUGUUGUAAUGGAAUUGAAGGUGGUUUUAAGCAUAUGUACAAUAACGCAACCUCAAGGCUUAAAUGAACUUAUUUUUCCAUUUUUGCUAAAGGUAACUGAGUGGAGGAUAAUGGGGAAAUGUUCAAUGGAAAUUUACAUUGCGGCUAGUUCAGAACUACCCCGACAUUAUGAAUUUUUGUUUGACUGUUGAAAUAAAUAAACUCCUCUGUGGCCGAUCUAGCUUUGUUUUUAUUAAAAAGGAAUUUUGCUAUAAAAAUGUAAACAACAUUUUGUUCGUCUAGAAAGGAAGCCACAGCCUUGUAUCACAACAAAGGAUUUAUCCCUGCUUCUGUGGUCAUGUUAAAAACUGCUUCUACUUUGCAUUCGUGAUAAAUAAACUAAACAGAAAGUUGCAUUAUAACAUGGGGCCCAAGGCGCCCCUGUGUAUUACAUCCACGCUUUAUCAACCACCUCCCGACCCAUCACAACAAGUCUUGUUGUAUGACUCUUUUCAUAUAAAUCUAUUUGAUAGUGCCCUGUAUACUGGCACUUGCGCUUGGAACUGCCCACGAAAAUUAAAUCGUACAUUCUACUAUAUCAAAAGUAUAGCUACUAGACUUAUUCAGAUAUAUAAUGUUAGCAUUGUUUAAUUACUACUGUUGCCACUGACUUGCUAUUAUUUAGAUUAUAGCAAAUAUUUCAGAAAUUGUUUAGCGAUAAUAAAAAAAAAAUUGUAGACAAGUCGUAUAGUUGAAGCUAUUUGGAAUCGAAUAUAAUGAAACUAUAAGCAGAACAAUAUAUAAAGUUAACAAAAAAUGUAUACCAUGUUGAACACUUAUUUAUAUAAAAUAAAACAUUAUUGACACUUAUAUCAUUUACUAUGACUUGACUGUAACUGUUGCUGUCCACCUAUUGCAGUUCAUUCUAAAUUAUAACCCUAUUGUUUGUUCUAUCAAAUCAAUACUGAAACUGUUCUACUGGUGAAGUUUUACCCAUCAGAGUCAAAAUGAAAUAAAACAUACCUACAAUCCUUUAAUUCCACAUAUAUAUAUAUAUUCAUUGCUAUUAUGAAAAUAUUUCAAAAAAUUUCUAUACUUACACCGGGAUGUCAUUAAAUGAAAUUGGAUACCCUGCAUUUAUGUGCUUAUCAAUAAUAUAUUGUCAAAUCGCUGAAAGACCCCCUCCUAAAUUAUUGAAAACUAUCAUUCUGCAUUGACAAUAAUAUAGUGGUGUAAAUUAGAAUUUUUGUACAGAGUCAUUCGAAAGGUGAGAGGUAGACAUUUUUGAAUUGCCAAAUAAUGUUCAAAUUUAAGUUUUUGAAUUAUUUCUUCUAACAAUGUGUUUUGCUAUUCAUGCCACAAAGCUUUCUUAAAAUGAAUAUCUAAAAUACUUGGUGAAUUAUACUUUAAGUUUAAAUAUAUUCCCUUGAUGUUUUAAAGGGAGCUAAAAUCAAUAUUUCAAAAAAGGGGUCAAUGAGUUUAGAUUAUCUCCCGCAUGGAAACUUAUUACCAACAUACUGGUAUUUCACAUAUAUUUUACUGAAUAUAUCAUGUUUUAAUUCAAACUGAUGUCUGAUUCUUAUGAAUAUAGAAGACUUUUGAAAUAAAAAUAGUAUAAAAGCUUAGUUUGGACAUUUUUUAGCAACUCAAAAAUAACUUCCUCUCACCUUUCAAAUGACUCUUUACAAUAACAAUAUGAAUAAAAUUUUGAUCAUCAUUUUCAUAAUAGUUAUGAAGUAAAGUCUUGUAUGAUUGUAAGUUUGAUUUAUUUUAUCACCUUGCACUAUUAAGAAGUUGGUAAAAAUUUCUGUUGAAUAGUUCGGUUUGAUAAAACAAAUUGCCGCGUGAAUUGGUUCCGAAUUUUGAAUAAACUGCAAUAGGCGGAGAGCAACACUUACAGACAAGUCACAGAAAUAAUAUAUCGCUAUUUACACCAAAAUGUCGUUAAAUGAAAUUGGAUACCCUGCAUUUAUCAUGCUUUCCAAUAACAAAUGAUCAAGUCGCUAAAAGACCCCCUUCCUGAAUUAUUGAAAACUAUCAUUCUGCAUUGACAAUAAUAUCAUGGCGUAAAUUAGUUACACCCAUUCGGGCUAACGUCCUCAUAUUCUUGAAAUCUAUCAUUCUGCAUUGACAAUGAUAUGUUGGUGUAAAUUAGAUACACUCAUUCGGGCUAACGCCCUCAUAGAUGUAUUACAUACUUGUUACAUGAAUUAAAUUAUCACAUUUGUU